CCCACUCCAGCAAGACCAGAGACACCGCCGAGCCCGCCCUGCUCUAUCCCCUUCCACCGUGACCCAGACUUCGUUGACCGCGGGACGCUACUCGAUCAGAUACGCGAGAAAUGCUCUGCGCCAGCAUCGCGAAUAGCUCUAGUGGGUCUGGGUGGUGUGGGGCAAUCGCAGCUUGCCAUCGAACACUGUCAUCGCACCGCCGAACGAUCGCCAGAGCAGUGGGUGUUCUGGGUGCACGCUAGUAAUAUAGCCCGCCUUGAGCAGGGCUACCGAGACAUCGCGGACAAAGUCAAGCUGGCUGGCCGCGAAGACCCACAAGCAGAUGUGUUCAAGCUCGUUCACAACUGGCUUCAGAACGAGAAGAACGGAAAGUGGCUACUUGUCCUCGACAACGCUGAUGAUGGUGCUACUCUCUCUCUACCAGUGAACAAUAGCCAGGAGACACGGACAGGCGGCAGAAAUAGCGCUUACCCACGUUCCCUCUCAUCGUAUUUACCC